CUCCUUGCCAUCAUAUCUGCAGUUUGCUUCCAGUAUCGGUGCUUUCACAUGUCUGAUCCAGUCACAGGCCGAGAAAGGGCCCGCAAGUUGGUCCAGGGGAUCUCCGAGAGACAUGGAUAUCUCGGAGAAGAUGUUCUCAGUCUGAUGUCGGACGAGGUCCGUCGCCAAGUCGAGGAAGCGAUGCUAAGGAAAGAUGAGAUGAUUGGGUCUUCUGUGGUGACAUUGUCCAAGAACCUUUACAAUAGCAGCGCGCGCUUCGUUUUCGAGCUGGUGCAAAACGCCGAUGAUAAUCACUACACGGUAGCCAGAGGGCGCGGAACUGUUCCCUCGCUUGCCUUCCACGUCUACCCGCGUCGUAUUGUCAUAGACUGCAAUGAGGAUGGCUUCACACAUGAAAACCUUGUGGCGAUCUGCGAUGUCGGAAGGAGCUCCAAGACAGGUGCACAAGGUUACAUUGGUGAGAAAGGCAUUGGCUUCAAAUCAGUCUUUAUGGUAGCCUGGAAAGUGCAUAUUCAGUCUGGUGACUUUUCCUUCUCGUUCCGCCAUAAGCCAGGAGGUUCGGGAAUGGGGAUGAUCUCCCCAAUUUGGGAGGACGUUGAGGAACAGCUGCAGAGACCGAUGACCCAAAUCACUCUCUAUCUCCAUGAGGAUACGGCUCCGCGUGAAACCGCUAUGCAACAAUUUCGUGAUCUUCAGGACACCCUGCUGUUGUUCACAAAGAACCUCCAACGGCUAGAAGUCUCUAUGUAUGACGAUAAUGAAGAGCAAAUAUCGUCAACGGUGUUUGCAAUUAGCAGCCAGAACGAAAAUCACAAGGUGCUGAGAAAAACAGUCAUUCGAGAUGGUACAACGGAGGAACUCGCGCGGAACUACCACUUGACCAAAUACAUCGCGCACGGCCUUCCUCGAAGUGAGAAUCGUACAUAUACUGACAAGGAAGAGGGGGCCCUGGCGUAUAGUAGAGCAGACAUCAUACUCGCAUUUCCAGUGAGCCAGGAUUUUGUACCGAUCAUUGAACCACAGGAUGUUUUUGCCUUCCUUCCCGUCCGCAGUAUGGGGUUUACCUUUUUGAUCCACUCAGACUUCGUUACCGAUGCAAGCCGACAGGAUAUCGUCCGCUCUUCGGCGCGAAAUCGCAAGCUACGAACUGAAAUCGCCAACGCCUUCAAUACAGCGAUCUUAGAGAUGUGCAAGCAUCCUGCAUUACGAUAUACAUGGAUGCGCUACCUUCCUAAACGCGACGGACAUCAUUGGGAUCUUUUCUGGGUGGACCUGUUGGAUGAGUUGAAGUCACGAUUGAUAUCGAGUCCGAUUAUACAAGGCCGUACCAGUGGACUUUGGUAUCCCAUCGAGCAGAUGCGGCACCCUCUCUUUCCAGAUUUGCCACGGGAACAGUAUACUUCUGCCCAUUAUGCGGAAGAAGACAUUGCGCGGCUCAUGGAUUAUGGGCUAAGCUUUAUGGCAAUGUCUGACAUGAUUGCAAGGGCUAGGAUGGACCUUCAAUCCACACAUUCCAAAAUGAAGAACAGGGAGACCAGCGAGGACUGGCACUCUCUUGCUGCGACAGCCCUCAGCCACUCCUUUCGCUUGGGAUUUGAUACCUGUAUGGAGGAGGUCAAAGCUCUGCCCUUGAUUCCUCUGACAACGGGCAAAUGGUGUAUCGAGAUCCCCAGCAGCCUUGGAAUUGACCUUGUAACUCCACGGGCAGCGAGUAACCCACAGCGUAAACAGCUGUUCAAGGAUCUAGGGGUCCAGCAGGCAUCUGUCGAUUUCGUUCGGAAGUUGAUCAAGGAGAAGUCUUCGGGGCUUUUUGCUACUCCCAUGUGGAGGGAACGUCUGCUUUUCUUGUAUUUCACAGAACGUCUCGGUUCCACUAGCUCUCAGGCUCUACUCAUGGAAUUAUUCAACGGUAAGGGCCCGGCAUUUUUCGAUCAUAAGGGUCAGAUAAAACAGCCAAAGUUCGACCCGGUCUACUUUCCCAAUGAUGAUCCAUAUGGUGCGAAGGCACUGCUGGAACCCAUUCAAGGCGGAGCUCCAGGCUUAAACGUCUCGUUCAUUAACGAGGAGAUAUAUUUACGUGAUCCUCCAUCGUGUCCUCCAAAUGAGCAACGAACAUGGAUCGAGUGGCUACAACAGGUAUUCCAUGUCCGGGAGACCGUCUCACUCAUAGAACCGAGGGAUUGCCUGUCAAAAGCCAGACUAGGGCGAGAAUGCCUUUAUGUCGCGCAGCACCGACCGGAAAAAUUCAUGGGGCUGCUUUUAACCUGUUGGGCGGUCGACGGGUCUAGGAUCAUUCGACAGCCAGAACUGGUGGAUGAGAUUCGCAAGAUCAAGGUACUCUGCGAAAAUGGCUCGAGAUAUCCAUUGGGCAGUACCUACAUUCCCAUCCCGGACCGGAGGGCGACGGUUUCAAGGUUCCUGAAGGACCAGAAGUUCUUCCCGUGGUUGCAAUUGGAUCAGCCCAUGGAUGGAGGGAGCCUUACACAGCAGUGGAUAGUAUUGACAAAGGCUCUUGACUUUGGUCAUCCCAAAUCUCAAACUCACUUUUAUCUUGACAUACUGGAUUAUCUAGAUUAUGCUCUGCAAGAUGGGGCCUCUGAAGCGAGCCAGAUGUUUGACCUUUAUGUCCACAUGCAGAUGGAAUGCCAUGCCAAUCCGUCUGCUGCAGAUGCAGUUAGGGACGGUCUGUAUAAGCGUGACAGAUACAUUUGGAUUCCGCUGCAUACCUGUGCAAAUCUGGAUUAUUGUCUUUGGGAAGCACCACACCAUAUGGCGAGCAAGUACCCCCUCAAGGCACUGUUUACAGAAUACUGUCGGCAAAAACAGGCAGAUGCUGUGUAUCUCAAAGACUUCUUUCAAAAGACGCUCAAAAUCCCCGAUGUUAGAGCGGAUGAUCUCGUGGUCGAGCUGGCGAAGCUGAAGUCUGACAAGUGUAGCGAUUUUGACCAAAUCAGCUCAGUAUAUUUGAAUCUGCAUCGAAUGUUCAAAAGGCUGUCUCCAAGGACAUUGACGACUUACCGAAAACGGUUUUCUGAAGAUGCUCUCAUCUAUGUGCCCCCCAAUUGGUACACCACGCCGGAGUGCCUUUGGUCAACGGCUACCUCUAUUCCUGGUCGCAUUGCACUCAAUGACCAUUACCAGGACUUGCAAGAACUGUUUGUCCAUUAUUUGGAAGUUCAGACCCUGACCAUGCAAAUGGUCGUCGAAAAGCUGCGAGACCAGGGUCGGGCGGGCUCGUCUUCCGUGGCCGAGGUCAAAAGCACGAUUUGGACCUUGAACUCUUUACUCCAGGGUCAACAGGCAGAUAUAGCACCUGCUGAGCAGGUGAUAAACUAUGCUGUAUUUCCUGUUCGGUUUCCGCACGGUGGUGUGCAGCUUCAGACUUCUGCGAGUGCGUUUGCAAUUGCAGAUCGCAAGCACCUCUUCAGUUACUUUAGUUCGAAGGCCAACCUGCUAGAUUUUGAGGUCGAUGAAGUCCCACGCCUUGAGCCAUUCAUCCAAUGGACUGGACUGAAUGGCCGCUACUUAUCGUUGUGUAUCAAGGAGAUCACAAUGGUGGGGGGAGACCACGCUCGAGAUUUAUCUAAUCCUGACCGCGACAUUUCUCAAAAGGCACACGGGCUCCUUCGCGUUGCAGUCCAUCUCAAGAGCCCUCGAGUAGCUCAGGAUGAAUAUGUUUUUUAUGAGGCCCUCAAAUCAAUCAGCAUGAAAGAAACCAACGGGAUCUCAUCUGAGCUUCAUCUCAAUCAGGAUGGGAGGGAUAUCAAGGUAGAAGUUUCUAGGAGUGAAUUGCACCUCGAUGACCGAGAUGGCCAGCUCACUGUGUAUAUUCCACAAGACAAGCGAACUCAAGAAAUCUGUUUUCUUGGCCGCAUUCCACUGGCUCUGCUGCAGUGGAUGAUGACCAACCCAUUAACACAGAUUACCCACGAGUUCAGCGAAAGCUUCGUCACUAUCAUCCAGACCCUCCUGCAUGCUAAGAGCAAGUACGUCUCGGAUCUUUUGGACCUCGCUGGUAUUAUGUCCAUUGCGAGGGCAGACGACACAGUUGUUACGGCAGAGAAUGAAAGCCAGCAAACACAAGAGAUUGAAGAUCAGCAAUCGCACAGCGAUUUAUCAUCGGCUGCCGUUAGUAACAGCUCAAUUAUUGUCCAGCAUACCCCUCAGCGUGAUGGGCCCGUACAUACGCCACCUCGACCGAGACAAGACUCUUGGGUGUCAGAAACUACUGUUGUCUCUGCCUCAAUGCGGUCCCUCCCUGUAGCUCGCCCAUCUCCAGUGCUCCUACAGAAUUAUACAAACACGACAGCCGACCCCGAAUACUACCAAUUGCUUUCAUCUGUGCUCGCGUCUGCUAGGAAUGCCAUAUUCCCCAGCCAAGGUACCUUCAACAUGGCAGGUCUGGACGACUCAAUCACAUCGGUUGCAUUCUCCGAGACCAUUCGUCUGCGGGCCUCUGACCAGUUUGAACGGGACUUCAAGGUCGGUGCAGCCGGAGAACUAUUCGUAUUCGAACUCCUCUCAAGACUAGACCCACCCCUACCUGCCUUCACCCGCGACAACUGGCAAAGCGUGAUUCGCAGAUUCGUCACAAUUCUCCCCGAGUAUUCCAACAUGACAGCAUGGCAUGGUCGUGAGACAGCAGAUAUUACCUACAAUGAUCAGGAUGGAGUUCUCACCUCCCUCUUCAUAGACAAAGGAUACCUACGGGAUGAUGUGUGGAGGGGAAAGACACCUCGGUUCUACAUAGAAGUCAAAUCUUCUACUGCGGACAACCGUACGCCUUUCUUCAUGAGCAAGCACCAGUACCGACGGAUGCAAGAGAUGUCCAACGGCGAGACACAGUCUGAUAACAUGGACAUGGUGUAUGUGAUCUUCCGAGUGUAUAAUCUAGGACAGCAGGGCAUGAGGAUGAAGGUUUACGUGGAUCCAGAAAUGAUGCGCGUGAAAGAGGAGUUACUAUUUACUGCCGAGGGGUGGUCGGUUGUUCCGGCUUGAUGAUAUGUUUCGAGAGUGG